AUGACUUUCUAUUAUUUUAAAUAUGGUGUCCUUUUUUAUUUUCAGAGUUGCAUUCUACAUUCCUUGGCACAUUGCGGACCAACAUUAUUACCAACAACGUUGACAACGCCUUUACCAUACAUAUCUACUAAAUCUACUAUCCCUAGUCAAUCUACUAAAGAUGAAUCUUUGCCUCCACUACCUACGGAGCCGAUACCUUCAACGUCAUGGGAAACUUUACCUCCAAUAGUAUCAGAUAGUCCAAGUACAACAGAACUAAGUUCUUUGUCACCAUCUCCUUCCCAAUCGACAGUUAGUGAUACCACAGAUCAUAUUAUAACAUCAGAAACAAGCACUUCAAACCCAACAUUCUCAUCUAGUACCAAUGAACCAGAAAUUUCUACAGCUACAGAAACCUUUAGUACUGAUUCUACCUCAAGUUCUAUGGAAACUGUGUCAGAUAUUGACACAACUAGCAGUGAACCAAUUACGCCAUACAUUUCUACUUCUUUUAGUACUACUUCUACUCCUUCAAAUAUCCAAACUGAUACAACAUUAACUUCAACAAGCGAUAUAACAGUGACGUCAUCAAUUCAUACUAUCGACUAUUCUUCUAGUUCAAGUGAAACUCACACGAUUCCUUUUAUUUCUACCACUGGUACACCUGUUCCUCCAUUCAGCGGUAGUACUGAGUCCUCUGAAACUGGUUUACCAAGCUCCACUUCCAUUGUGCCCUCAAGUUCAUCAAUAACGACAUCAUCAGACAUCGUAACAAAUACCGGAUCUGUUAUAACUUCUGAAUCGACAGAUUUUACUUUACCACCGAUUUCUACAAUAUCAGAUAUUGUAACAACCAGUGAUGCUGUUGUAACAUCUGAAUAUACAGAUUUUACUUCAUCGCCAAUUUCUACAUCUUCUGAUAUUGUAACAAAUACUGAAUCCCAUGAAACAUCUGAAUCAACAGAUUUUACUUCAGCCCCAAUUUCAACAACAUCCGAUACUGUGACAUCUGAAUCGACAGAUUUUACAUUACCACCGAUUUCUACAUCAUCGGAUAUUGUAACAACCAGUGAUGCUGUUGUAACAUCUGAAUAUACAGAUUUUACUUCAUCGCCAAUUUCUACAUCUUCUGAUAUUGUAACAAAUACUGAAUCCCAUGAAACAUCUGAAUCAACAGAUUUUACUUCAGCCCCAAUUUCAACAACAUCCGAUACUGUGACAUCUGAAUCGACAGAUUUUACAUUACCACCGAUUUCUACAUCAUCGGAUAUUGUAACAACCAGUGAUACCGUUGUAACAUCUGAAUCGAAAGAUUUUACUUCAUCGCCAAUUUCUACAUCUUCUGAUAUUGUAACAAAUACUGAAUCCCAUGAAACAUCUGAAUCAACAGAUUUUACUUCAGCCCCAAUGUCAACAACAUCCGAUACUGUAACAUCUGAAUCGACAGAUUUUACUUCAUCGCCAAUUUCUACACAUUCAGAUAUUGUAACAACCAGUGAUGCCGUUGUAACAUCUGAAUCAACAGAUUUUACUUCAUCGCCAAUUUCUACAUCUUCUGAUAUUGUAACAAAUACCGAAUCCCAUGAAACAUCUGAAUCAACAGAUUUUACUUCAACCCCUAUUUCAACAAUAUCCGAUACUGUACCAUCUGAAUCGACAGAUUUUACAUUACCACCGAUUUCUACAUCAUCGGAUAUUGUAACAACCAGUGAUGCCGUUGUAACAUCUGAAUCUACAGAUUUUACUUCAUCGCCAAUUUCUACAUCUUCUGAUAUUGUAACAUCUGAAUCAACAGAUUUUACAUUACCACCGAUUUCUACAUCAUCGGAUAUUGUAACAACCAGUGAUACCGUUGUAACAUCUGAAUCGAAAGAUUUUACUUCAUCGCCAAUUUCUACACAUUCAGAUAUUAUAACAACCAGUGAUGCCGUUGUAACAUCUGAAUCAACAGAUUUUACUUCAUCGCCAAUUUCUACAUCUUCUGAUAUUGUAACAAAUACCGAAUCCAAUGAAACAUCUGAAUCAACAGAUUUUACUUCAACCCCUAUUUCAACAAUAUCCGAUACUGUACCAUCUGAAUCGACAGAUUUUACAUUACCACCGAUUUCUACAUCAUCAGAUAUUGUAACAACCAGUGAUGCCGUCGUAACAUCUGAAUCAACAGAUUUUACUUCAGCCCCAAUUUCAACAACAUCCGAUACUGUGACAUCUGAAUCGACAGAUUUUACAUUACCACCGAUUUCUACAUCAUCGGAUAUUGUAACAACCAAUGAUGCCGUUGUAACAUCUGAAUCUACAGAUUUUACUUCAUCGCCAAUUUCUACAUCUUCUGAUAUUGUAACAUCUGAAUCGACAGAUUUUACAUUACCACCGAUUUCUACAUCAUCGGAUAUUGUAACAACCAGUGAUGCUGUUGUAACGUCUGAAUCUACAGAGUUUACUUCAGCCCCAAUUUCCACAACAUCCGAUACUGUAACAUCUGAAUCGACAGAUUUUACUUUACUACCGAUUUCUACAUCAUCAGAUAUUGUAACAACCAGUGAUGCCGUUGUAACAUCUGAAUCGACAGAUUUUACAUUACCGCCGAUUUCUACAUCAUCGGAUAUUGUAACAACCAGUGAUGCUGUUGUAACAUCUGAAUCUACAGAGUUUACUUCAUCGUCAAUUUCUACAUCUUCUGAUAUUGUAACAUCUGAAUCGACAGAUUUUACAUUACCACCGCUUUCUACAUCAUCAGAUAUUGUAACAACCAGUGAUGCCGUUGUCACAUCUGAAUCUACAGAUUUUACUUAUUCACCUAAUUCUACAUCUUCUGAUAUUGUAACAAAUACUGAAACCCAUGAGACAUCUGAAUUGACAUCUUCUUUGACACCAAUUUCUACAUCUUCGGAUAUUGUAACAUCAGAAACGACACAUUUUACUUUACCGCCAAUUUCUACAUCAUCCGAUUUAUCGACAAGUACCGUAUCAGAAAAUACGCCUGAAUCUUAUUCUAGUACUUCCUGGUACCCCAGCAGUUACUCAAGCUCGCCUGCAACGAAUACCGAAGAGCCAAGUACUACACCCACUAAUCCUUGGGAAAGUCUUCCACCCUUCACACCUGCUACAGUUAAUACUGCAACUGACAGUGUCAUAAGUACUUAUAUACCUAGUUCUACAUUAACAGUCUUGCCCUCAACAAAAAUCUCUGUAACAUACAGUGACGAAACAAGCCCUACUUCGUCAAGAACAUGGGAAACUUUACCAUAUUCACAAUCAACUCAUCCGAUUUAUACGGAAACAGCAUCACCUCCUACUAUGCACUCAAGUACUUUUAGUAGUCCUGAAACUACGCAAUCUAAUUAUCCAACGAUUCCCAUAUCAAGCUCAUACCAAACAACAAUAUCCGAAAAUACAUCUGGUAGUGAAACAUUUCCCGAUAGUUCAAUACAUUCUACAUUUUCUACAAACAAUAUAUUCGAAACUACGACCUCUGUAACGUCAGAAAGUAAUGUCAUAACUUCCACAACCUACAAUCCUACAUCAUUUAAACCAUUUUCAGAUACCACAAUCAAUUCUAAUAUUACCUCUUCUACAAAUAUCCCUACAGAAUUUACUUCGGAAACUUCAUUAUCUACCAAAUUCCCUACCGAAUCAACACUUAUAACAGGACCAAGUAAUUUAACUACAUCUUAUCCAUUCUCAUCUACUUCAGAAUCAAUUACCACUGAAACUGUAGUAAGUGAUAUUACCUCAUCUACAAAUAUAAUUGAUACAACAACGUAUACAGCUGAGACAGAAAUAAUUACGACAUUAUCGCCUGAUAUAAGCUCUAUUCCACCAAUCACAACAUCGACUUUUGCACCAAUCACGACGCAAGUACCGACAGACUUUACAACAUCAACAAAUCCAUCAACUGAACCAGAAGGAAGUCCAUUACCACCAAUUACUAUCUCAACAUCAGAAACAUCUGCAUAUCCUCUUCCCCCUAUUUCUACCAGCAAUGUACCAACUCUCCCCCCACAAACAACAACUAUAGCUCCACCAACUACAACCUUCCAACCUUGUCAUCCCUAUAGAUAUUAUACCGUAGCCAACCCUGAAAAUACAAGAACCUUUUAUUACUGCGUUUAUGGUACAAAAUAUCUAUUCUGGUGUCCAUAUAAUUAUGAAUUCGAUCCUAUAAAACACAUAUGCACACAGCCAGAGGAUUGCGAAUGUAGACACACGAACACAAAUAAUUAA